AUGACGGGCAAAGAUAACGAGGCCUACUCCCAACAUGUGACCUGGACAGUAGAAGAAGGAGAGAGCGGUGGCUCGGAGAGAGACGCGCUGAAAGCUAUUGACCCUGCUGGAUUUUAUAUCCGACAACCGCCCAAGCCUCAUGAGCUCGGCGGUGACGUGACGGAUGAAGAACAUCUUUUUCAGACAAUCCACAUGGGUGCGGCGGUCGUCGAUGAAGACAAUUGGAAACUCGUGGUGGACGGACAGGUAGAACGCGCGUUUUUCGUGAAUCUAGCACAGUUGAAAGCAAUGCCCAGGACGACCAUCACAUCUUUCCACGAGUGUUAUGGGAGUCCAGUGGCACCGCCUACCACCGCAUUAUGGAGGAUCGGCAAUGUUCAAUGGACAGGCGUCCGUCUGGCAGAACUACUGCGUAUCGCCCGACCUAGACCCGCAGUCACUCACGUUUGGUCCCAAGGCUUGGAUCACGGCUCGUUUGCGAACGUCGCUGCUGACAAGUACGAGAAGGACCUCACGUUGGAAAAGGCGUCUGCUCUCGAGGUGUUGGUCGCAUUCGAGAUGAACGGAGCACCACUGACCAAGAACCGCGGAGGUCCUGUAAGGCUAGUGGUGCCUGGAUGGUUCGGCACCAAUUCUACAAAGUGGCUUUGCAGACUUUCUCUGCGAGAUGGUCGUGCUUCGGGUCCCUUUACCACGAAAUUCUACAAUGAGGUUGAUCCCACUGACGAGACUGGGCACAGAAUGAGGCCGGUGUGGAUGGUCGAGCCCAACUCGAUGAUAGUCAGACCCAAGCCGGAAGAGACCUUGUCGGCGCAACAAAAGAUCGAGGCCUGGGGCCGUGCAUGGGGUGGUCAGGAGAUCAUCCGAGUCGAUCUGAGUCUCGACGAUGGUAAGAGCUGGACUCCUGCGAAUGUGACGCCCAGAAAACAGUUCGAAUGGCAGCUUUGGAGGGGCGAUGUCAGCGUGGAUGUUCCGGGGAGAUAUCGAUUGAUCGCAAGGGCCACAGAUGACAAUAAUGUCGCUCAGCCGUUGGCCGGAAGAAGAAAUCACGUACACCAUGUGACGGUUACGGUGGAAUGA